UUCCGCACCGUGCCACUACAAAUGGAAAACGUCCCUCUCAUUAGGGCUCGCCGCACAGGCUUCAUCAGGCACCGGUAUGUAGUCUGCAUGUUCGUCUUCACGGGCUUGGCUCUCGUUUACGCCCUGAGGGUGAAUCUUAGCGUGGCGAUCAUCGCGAUGGCCGGUUCGAUUCCGAGGAACGGCUCCGAACUCGAAGGGACCUGCAUCUUGCCGGAGACGAACGAAACCGCAGGAUUGAGAGUCCGGGGCGACUUCGACUGGAACGAACAGACCAAAGCCGCGAUACUGGGCGCGUUCUUCUAUGGCUACCUUUCCACGCAAAUAAUCGGAGGGAUAAUGGCGCAGAAACUCUCGGUAAAAUGGGUUUUCGGCUACGGCAUUUUCCUCACAUCUGUCCUUUCUGUAACAACGGAAUGGGUGGCUCGAUGGAACGUGAACGCCUUCAUCGUUCUGCGUGUUCUCGAGGGCAUAACUGAGGGCGUCACGGUUCCGACCAUGUACUGUUUGAUAUCUCGGUGGGCUCCGAAAAACGAGAGGACCACUAUGUCAAUGUUGUGCACCGUAGGCACCAACAUCGGCACUGUCAUCACAAUGCCGAUCACAGCCGCCCUGAGUGAUUCUGCUCUGGGAUGGUCAGCCAGUUUCUAUCUCCCAGGAGCCGCGGGCAUCAUCUGGUCGUUGGCAUGGUACAUCUGCGUGACUUCGCAGCCGGAAAAUCAUCGGUGGAUAUCGGCCGAGGAAAGAGAGUAUAUCAUGAAGAAUCGCGAGACCUGUCAUCUGUCGUCGAAAGAGAUACCUUGGGUCGAGAUUCUUACCUCCCGGGGAGUAUGGAUGUAUUCGAUAGCUCGCCUCCUCUCCUCUGUGACUUUCUACAUGUUCCUGACCGAAAUGCCGACUUUCGUAGACCAAGUCUUCGGCAUUCCUCUGACCGGCAACGGACUUCUGAACGGCGUCUUCCACUCGAUCUACGCCUGCGCGUUGAUGGCUUCUGCGGCGCUAUCAGACUACAUGAUCCACAGGAACGUCUGGUCGAGAACCAAUAUCCGGAAAGCCUUCCAAUGUGCGUCCUUCGUAGUCUCGGGUGCCAUGCUCAUCCUGGCCACCAUGGUUGGAUGCGACUAUUACGCCGUGACUUUUCUUCUCUGCAUCGCAUCCGUUGCGAUCGCCCUCAGCGGCGGAGGAGAAUCCUCGAUGGCCCUCGACCUCGCUCCCGACCACGCUGCAAGCGUAGCUGGAGUGGGCAAUACGAUCGGGAACGUCGCCGCUAUCAUCGCGACGAAUUUGGUCCUCGCCUUCCAUGACCCUUUGAAUUCGCAAAGAGGUUGGAAUAAGGCUUUCAUCGCGACAGCGGGUCUGAGCUUCGUGGGCGCACUUAUCUUCGGGAUUUUCGCGACAGCGGUCGAGGAGCCUUGGUCUAAGCGGAAGGAUUCGGAUACGAGCAAAUGUGAGGGGAAAUUUUCGAGCGGCUUCGAUCCAUCGGCAGAGUCCACAGUCAGUGUCUACUGAUGGCCGAGAUUCAGGUGCAGCCUUGAAUGUCAGUGAAUCACACGACAGCCUCCAGUCGGGAUGGAGACACUUCACGACAAACUGAUCCCCGCAUCUCAUCUCGCGAAGAACUUCGCAAUAGUUCGGUGAUAAUGAUUAUUAGAGGUUCGCGAAUCAUAGGAGGCGGAAACUCCACCAAGAGCAGGCCGGAAGUCACCGGCGCCAUGGAGUGUACUCAUCGCAAUAAAUCUCAUGUUCGAGCGU